AUGAGGCGAAGCUUCUUGGCGCUGUGCACAGCUUCCAUGCUGCUGCUGCUCACCGCUUUUGGUACAAGCGUGGCCUUGGGCGAGAGUUGUAAUCGUGCCGGCUCCGCUCGCGUCGUGGAGACCGAGAUUGAUGGCCCCGUCGAGGUGAUUGAGUGGAUCAGAAAGCCAGACGGCAGCCUAAACCUCAAAACCCAGGCGGUGUUCGUGAUCACGUCUGCGGGCAGCCUCUACCGCAGCGGCGAUGAGGGCCAGAGCUGGUCGCAGCAGACCAGAGUGGGUCCCGUGAAGGCCGUGUCCCGCACCAACAACACAGACAUGCAGUGGUUCUACAACCCCGUGACGGGCAGGGCAUGGACGACCGACAACCAGGGCCUCACCUACACGGCCGUGGCGCCCGACCGCCAGUUCGUCUUCCUGCAGGCCCACCCGACCCUCGCCAGCACCGCCCUCGCCAUCAUCUCAGAUAAUAGCGUCAAGAACUUGUACGUGACGACGGACUUCGGAGCGACCUGGCACAAGAAGCACGACCACGUGGAGCAAGCCGAGUGGGGUUCGGCCGGGCAGGACGGCGUCCCCGAGGGCAACAUCAUCGCCCUCGUGCGCGCUGGCAGUUCACUCUCGUUCGUGCGCAGCAAGGACUACUUCGCCACCACCGACUACACCCUCACCAAUGCAGUAGUCUUCCUCUUCCACAAGAAGGUGGUCUUCAUCGUCCGCACGAGCUCGCGCCGGGGGUUGGAGCUCUGGUCGAGCGUGGACGGCGGCCAAGUGUACUCCCGCGCCCUGUUCCCCAACUCGGACCAGAUUGUCGAGAAGAGGUACACAAUCUUGGACUUGGACGAGGGCGAGGCCUUUGUCAACGUGGAUUUGGAUGACAACACCAACUACGGUACCACCUUCGGCUCUGAUCGCUUCGACCGCGAGUUUUCCGAAGUCCUCCGGUACAACAAGAGGGACCCCAGUGGAAGGGUUGACUUCCGUCGCGUGUUCGGCCUGGAGGGCAUCUACGUCGCCAACCGCUUCAACGCCUCGGACGCCAAGUUCGCGCAGACCGUCCUCACCUUCAACAAGGGCGCUGAUUGGAAGCUGUUGCCUGCGCCGGCCAAGGACCUCGAUGGAAAGACCAUCGCUGCGGGGAGCCUGCUGCACCUGCUGGGCAGGACCGACUCGUCGAAGCACAACCAGCUCUACUCCAACGAGAAAGCCAUUGGGCUCGUCAUCGCCAACGGCCAGGUGGGUCCGUACCUGCGCAGCUCGGAUAAGAUCGGCACCUAUCUGUCGCGCGACGCCGGCCAGUCGUGGAUCCAGAUCGGGUGGGGCUCGCACACCUUCGAGAUCGCCAACCACGGCGCCAUCACCCUCUUCGCCGAGGACUCCAAGCCCAUCACUGAUCUCAAGUACUCGUGGACCCAGGGCGCGUCGAGCGCUCAGUGCUCGUUCACGUCGAGGCCCAUGACGCUCACCGACAUCGCCACCGAGCCCGACAACACGGCCCGCACCUUCAUCAUGUACGGCACGCGCGACGCCAAGGCACGCGCGGCGAGCGAUUUCGAGAACUGGAGCCCGCUGGGCGACAAGUGCCUGCUGGGCGAGCAGUUCACCUACCAGCGCAGGAAGCAGGACAGCGUGUGCGUCGUGAGCGAUGACCACCAGCCCUCGCACAAGGUCCAAACCUGCCCCUGCGUCGAGGAGGACUACGAAUGCGACUUCUGCUACGAGCCCGUGGGGGCGAGGCCUAAGGUGUGCAAGAAGGUGUGCGACGAGUUCGACCCGACGAAGGAACCCCUUGAGUGCAUUGACACCUGGUUCCAGACCAAGGGAUAUCGCUUGGUUCCGGGCAACAAGUGCGACAGGGAAAGCGAUGUCGCCAAGGCGCUCGAACCGACCGAGCACACCUGCAGCUCCGUCCCCGAUUCAGGCUCACGCCCGGGCGGCCCCAGCGAGCUGAGCGGCGGUGCCAUGUUUGGCAUCGUGCUGGUGGUGCUGUUCAUCCUCGGCGGCGGCCUUGUGGUGGCGGCCGUCAUCCUCUCCAUGAUCAACCCGCAGUUCCGCGAGAUGGCCGCCCGCAUCGUCCCGCAGCGGUACCAGCAGUUCGGCGGCGCCUCCCGAGGGGACGAGGGUCGUCCGCGCGCGAGCGGUGCCGGGUACGCCAAGGUGGGCGGGUCGGGUUCGCUGCUCGACCAGGAUGAUAACAGCCUGGAGGGGGAAGAGGAGCCCGCGCCGUUCACUCCCUUCCCCUCGUCCUCCUCUUCGUCUUCUCGCCCGACCACCACCGGUGGUGACGAUGAGGACGAUGACUUCAACCCGAGGGUGUAA